UACGUGAUGAAGGCUCAUUAAACCGUUUCAUUAACGUCCUUGGAGUCAUCUACCAUUUCAUAGGAUGGCGUAUGGUUCAUCUAACAGAUGUUACAUACUUGCUUUACAUCAGUUAGGGCAGCGUUUUUUUCCUGAAAAUUCAGUAUCCCGUAUCUGAAUGACUCCUUUCAAUUGGCUGGAUAUAAGCCACCGAACUAACACGCUGCGGACGAAAAACAAUACCCGUUCAAUAGUGAAAGUGAGCAAAAACACUCAAUUGAGUGGUGGCGACGAGAACAAUGAGAAGCGAGUACGUUUUGGCUGGAGAACUCGGCCAACGAACAACCCCUUGCAAUUCAUUGAAUGGGUAAAUAGCGGUCCAACAUUCAGCCGCUGGUGUUACUCUGAAAAUACCGAAAUACACAGUGUUCAUCGUCAUUAUACGUCGAAUGGGCCAUGGAAAUUGUGUCCGUUGUAUGUACUCGUAUACACAUUAGACAAAACUGAUAUAACCGUACGAGUAUGGUACAGAGUGGAGUCAACUGGUGGUGAUAGGGGCCAACCCUAUCCCAUGAUGAAAGAUGAUAAACAUAUUUCCUUGUAA